AAUCAAUCUAAACUAGAUUGCAUUCCAAUGCAGACAUUUAAUAUACUUUACUUAUUACUGUACAAACAAGUAUAUAAUCUACCAGAAGAAGCAAAAUACAAGUCUACAAGAUGAGAUGCAGUAGAAUUUUAUGUAUUUUGUUAGUGCUCCAGCAGCUGGUGUCUGGACAGCAGUGUGGUACAGUCGGUCGUGUAGGUAGGAUGAGAACUGAUAACAGGAAUAGAGCACGAAAUCAGUUCUUUAUUGAUCGUGGUAAUCGUGCUGGGUGUGCUGGGAUGAUCACCUCACUCUCUUACUGUUUCCAUCGACCACCAUUGACUGCUCCAGUUGCUAACGAAUACCUGACUACAGUUGCUGUGUACAGACCAGCGAGCACCAAUGCAAAUGAGGAAGUAUUUACUGUUGUUUCUUCACCAAUCACAAUACUAAAAUCAGCAACAGACCUUGAAGCUGAAUUAAACGCUGCUACUAAUACAAACUUUGCCUUUGCCUGCUCUGUAUUUAACCUACCACAACCAGUGCCCAUGGCGACUGGUGAUGUUCUUGGAGCGUGUGUGUUUGACCCUGAUGACACUACAAGUGGUGUCACUACCUAUCGUCUUGAUAUAGUCAGUAGAGCUGAUCCCAAUACUGAAGACGUUGUGAGAACUUUUACACACCCCAGUAUCCCUACCGGCUGCAGUGCUACUACUGUGCCAGGUUCCUUUGAUGGAAGUGCAUCUGAGAAUAGUACUAGUGCUCGCAGAUCUCUUCACAUCUGGGCAAACAUAGAAGAGGAAGCAACUAUGGGGGUGACUACCAUGGACUCAACUACAAUGAAAGCUACACCUUCCACAACUACACCUGAACUGACUGCAGACACCACCACUCCCGAAGACGGCACAACUGACAUGACCACAGCAAGUGGUCCACUGAUGACUGAUGGGGACUCUACCACUGCAACCACAAACCGAGGGACGAGCAACCCUGAUGCCACCACUGCACAAUCCAUUGGUGGUGGGGGAGGUGGUUCCAACGUAGCCAUUGCUGUGAUAGUUGUGCUCAUUAUUGUGGUCAGUCUAGCUACCAUCGUGGUGAUAGUCAUUGUUCUGGUGUCAAAGAGACUGAAAAAGGAAAAGGUCAAGAAAUCAUACGCAAUGACCAACAACUCAGUAGACUACCAGUUGUACUCGGCAGUGGCUAAUGCUGAAAGCUUAGAGAGAGCUAAACGGGAACAGCCACAGCCACAGCAGCAAGGCAGUCAGUGGCCCACACAGUCCCAGGAGCAUGUGUAUGAGUUUGAGGGCGCAUACAGUCCUACCCGCUCAAUGGAGUCCAACACCUAUGCUGAAGUUGGGCCCUUUGGUGCAGUGAAUGGUUGUGAGAUUGUGUACGAGUCUCCACUGGAUGCCCCAGCUAUCAGCUACAAUAAACUGUUGGAAAAGAACAAGAAAGAGGACAUUUAUGUUGGAGAAAAUCCGUACGAAACACCAGCAUCUAGAGAGAACGAUAUCUAUGCUCAGUUGCAGACCUGGAGGGUGACACACUUGAACAGAGAAGACAUUAAGAUUGCUGGUCACCUUGGGUCUGGUCAGUUUGGCAGUGUGGAGCAAGGAGUGUGGAAGAGACAGGGAACUCAACCAGUGGACGUAGCACUCAAGAGUCUCACCAAAACAUCAGAGGAGAACAAAAUCAAGUUCCUCCAAGAAGCCGCCAUCAUGGCUCAGUUCAGACAUCCUAAUGUUAUCAUGCUGCAUGGAGUAGUCACCAGUGGAGACCCAAUGAUGCUUGUGGUAGAAAUGGCGCAGAAAGGUGAUUUGCGACAAUUUCUCUUAUCUCUUCGACCUGACCCGGGACAGUUAAUGCCUAGCAACACUUUUUCAAUGUUACUGAAGUUCUCUCAACAAGUUGCUUUUGGGAUGCAGUACCUCUCAGCUAAAGGAUUUGUGCACAGAGACCUGGCUGCUAGAAAUGUGCUAGUGACAACAAAUAACAUGUGCAAGGUUGCUGAUUUCGGAAUGUCCCGAGAUCUUGCUGAUGAGAACUACUAUGUCUCACAAGGAACGGACAAGAUCCCCGUCAAGUGGACAGCCCCUGAGGCCAUUCACUACAAAAAGUACUCGACUACCAGUGAUGUGUGGGCCUACGGGUGUCUGCUCUAUGAGAUAUGGAGCAUUGGGCACAAGCCGUUUAAGGGAAUAUCUAAUCAAGAGGCUAUUCGACUCAUUGAUUCGGGCAAGCGUCUCUCUCCACCUCCUGGCUGCCCUAAGAUGAUCUACGAGCUCAUGAUACUAUGCUGGCAUCCUGAGAGCUCCCAACGUCUUGUAUUUCGUGAUAUUGUGUUGACACUGGUUGGAAAUAAAGAGAGAGUUUUGAAAAUUCCCGAGGAGGACUUCUCCACUAACCCACUGGCUGGAGUAUUGGGAGCUCCACUGGAGGCCGGGGAGAACAUGUACUCUCAGCUGCAAAGGAGAUAUAUACAUUAAUUAUUUCCAUAGAGGUGCAACUGCACCUGCAACUCUGAUGCAUGGAUUAUCAAUUGAAAUUGAAUAUUUUUACAACUUUUUCCACUUUUUGACCUUCUGUCACUACCGUAUAG